AGUAUCGAUUUGUUUAUCCAUCCGGUGAACAUUUUAAUCGAUCUGACGUAGACUUUAAAUAGCCCCAAUCGCGCAUAGAAAAUGCUUAACUUUAAUAGCAUAUUUAAACAUACACCAUUGUAAACCUUAUAGAUAGAAUUUUAAAUGUAAUACCAAAACAGCUGCCAUUUUGACUGGCUCAACACUGGUUCUUACUUUUACAAUACAACUGAAUAUAACAUAUCCACGGACGAUCUCGCUUCAUCAGACACUCACCACAACAGUUUCUACUGGGAGAUACCAUGUCAAAGGUUCCAGUGACGCCGCAACACGUGGAGGAAAACAUGCCUCCUCCGUCCUAUGAAGAGGUGAUGGGACACCAGGCUCUCUCCUCGGUGAAGGCCAACUUACCUAAGGAGCAGUUGCCUCCAUUGGCCUACAUAGACAUCAUGCCUCGGUGUCUUCAUCCUGGAGACAUGAGACGCAAGGCCCCACCGGAAUACGACAGAUUUAGUACCCUUAUAGGAGCGGCUAACUUCUGGCUUCGGGCAAACCAGAGUUAUGGUGUAUGGAAAUGUGAGACAGUGGAACGCAAGGUGGAAAACAAUGGAAGUAUUGUAAUGGACAAGAUGAUCUUCCACGAGUCGACCUACGGCUUCAACGUUCUCAUCAGAGGCUUAAGAUUAUGGUUGUUUGUGAAAGAUCCCACGACAGAACCUCAACAGCUGGGACUCCUUAACAAAGUACCGAAAAAACUGGAGGCCAACCCAACACAUCAGCUGUAUCAUCCGUAUGCGGGAUUUGUCGUAGCACCACUGUUCCUACAAACGUUUGGCGCUCUUUUGAAUACAUACGAGGGAUUUCAAGAAACUCUACAAAGAUUGAAUGAGGAUUUACAGAAACAACCACUUCAAGGUUCUGUUCUAAAUGUUGAAAGCGCCACACUGAAGGUUUCAGAGGGAAAUGAAAAAGCCGUCAUAGACCCCGAUAACACUGUGUGUCAUGAGAAUGGCGGCAAGAUGAAGCGGUACACACAAAUCAUACGUGUCUUCUACGUCAUUGGGGAACCUGCAAAGGAGACGAUAGGUGUGAAAGAGUUUAUACCCAGUGUUAAACGACCACCAGAUAUCACAGUACAUGCCCAGUUUCAAAAUUUUGAAGAAGUCAUGACAAAGUUUACCAAAUGGCUACCACAUCAGACAGCAAUAAGAAUGGUUAAUAUCCAGUCAUUUGACGUUCGAUAUAAAGAAGAAAUGGGUGGUCUCGAGAUCCUUUCUGAACUAACAGACGACAUUGACGAUGGAAUGACAGACCGUUUAUUUCUCAAUACACUCCGGGUAUUUUACGUGACGGCACCCAAAGUUCCACCCCCACAACCAAUCAGCUUCAUCACUUCCAGGUUAUUUCUCCCAGUCCGGACAGGAGAGAGAUCUUUCGAAUCGAUGUCACAGACAAUGUUUCGUAUUGAAGCUUGGCUGAAAGUCACUGGCAUCCCAGUAUACAGUGUAGAAACUGUGAGGUUUCUCUACCGAGAACCGCUGAAGUUAGGUGUCGACGACACCAGGACCAACUAUACGUCAUUCAAAGGAGUAGGAAAAUAUUACGUCACGGCAGUCAGGGUAUACUUCCUCUAUCCGUUUCAAGAGCCACAUCCAAAUUAUCUACCUCCAGCCUCUCCGUGGGACCCCUCUAUGAAACCAUCAUCUACUUGUUCAAUCCAGUGAACAUGAAUUACAGGGUCAUGUAUUCCAAAUAGUGUUUCAAACUAGUAAUUGUUGAUUGUACACCAUUUAAUACGAGGAUUUAUGCACCACAUUGCAACUACAAUAGCAUAUCUACAAAAGUUACCAAAUUGUUCAGGAUACUAGAUCUAGACGUCUCCGUUAAAUUGAAAGAAAUAGAUGUAUAUCCUUAAUAUCAGAGAUGUAUUUUGGCAGAACCUGUAUGUAUCAGCGCCGCCGCUCAAAACGUUUUGUUUGACAUUUUAAAUAUUUUAUAGUAGCUAUUUUAAGAUGCUUUUAAAAAUCUGUGAUAUAUUCAUUGUAUAUAUAUAGCCGAAUGAAUGAGCAAGUGAGAGAGCAAGAGAGUAUAACACGGUGCUAUGAUACAAGAUAUACUGUUAUUUUUUUUAGCAUAAUAAAAGUAUUUCACACACUAAGCUUAUAAAAA